AUGCAAGAAUUAAAAAAUAUUGUAUCAUUUCAAAAUGAUUUAAUUGGCAAGUUAAACAAAAAAUUAAAAGUAUUCGAUGAAAUUGUUAUUGAAAAGAAUAACUUACAAAAAUCGGUCAAUGAAUUUGAAAUAUGGAGAGAGAAAAAUGACGUUUUCCGUAAAAAAGUGUUCGACGAACUAAUGUCUUCCUUUGAAGAUCAAUCUGAAAUGCUUGAAAAAGCUAACUGUGCGAAAUCCGAUUGGCAAUCCAAACACAACAAGUUAGAAGAUAUUCAUGACUGUAUCACUGAUCAGUUUAAAUCUUUGAAAUCUCAAAAAAAUGACCUUAAUUUUAAGUUAGAAGAUUCGGAACAAAAUGUAAAACGUCUCCAAAAAGAACUACGUUAUACUAAAGUAAUUAUAACAUAUUUUAUUUGUUUGCAAUAGGCACACAAGUAAACUGUAUUGAUCCGGUACAUCUAUUUACAGAAAUCAAAAAUUAAAAAAACCUAUUAAAUGUUUUAACUGAUAGAUAUGUAUUUAUUUAUUUUAUAUACACAUAAAUACGGACUCAAGGUCCUAUAAAAAAUUAUAAAUAAGGUCCAUUUCAAAAACUAGCCUCCAAUUUAUUAUUCAACAUUUACUAGUCAAUAUAGUUUGUUCGGUAAACUGACAGCAUACAAAAUAAUAAUAUUUGAUAAGCUUUUGAAGGAUGAACAAAUCAUAGAAUAUUUCCUUAUAAAUUAAAAACAAAAAUCCUAUGUAUAAUUUUAAUUAAUAAUUCACAAUAUUUAAUGUUACAGCAGAUAAUAUUUUAAAUAAUAACAUAAUAAAGAUUAAAAAAAUUAUUAAAAUGGUUAAUACUCGUAAACAAAUAUAUAAAUAAAAAAUGUAUACAUACAAAUAAAAUAAAUAAAUGAAUGCGUCGCCUGGAGUACUAUAAGUAUGAUAAGUGUAUCAUAAUGUAUGUGUAAUGUAUCAUAUUUUAACUCACCGAUGUAACUAUAUUUACUAUACAUAAAUCAUGUUUAAUUUAGAAAAUAAAUUGUGUAGGUACUUGAAAUUCCUUUAUGAAAAUUUCAAUUAAAAUUCUCAAGUUUUCACAUAAAAUUAUAUUUAUUACAUUUCGUGAAAAAAAUAAUAUAUUCUAGAUAUAUUUUAUUUUAAAUAGUCUAAAAAGAAUUUAAUAUUACCCGUUUAAAUAAAUAUUAUUCAUAGACGUUUUUAGUAGUUUUAGAUUUAACAUUAAAGAUCACGUUCUUAAGUUCAAAGUAAAAAUAAUACAUUUAUUAUAUACAUAAACUAUAUUAUAUACAAUAAUAAUAAUAAAAAUUUUAAAAAAGUAUUAAAAUAAAACGAAAAUUAAAAAUUUUAAAAAUAGUUUAAUAAAAUGUUUUUAGUCGGAAUUGGAAGAAACAAAUUAUAUUGUUGGAAAAUUGCGGGCGAACUUGAAUUUUUAUGAAAUCGAAUGUUGCCAAAAACGCAAACAACUCGACGAAUAUUCACAAGUCAAUAAUCAACUGAAGGAAGCAAAUUGCACGUUUGAAACGGACAUAAAGUGUACAAGAGAAAAACUACAAAAUGCAAAGUUAUGUGCAUCACGCAUGGAAGAAAAGUGGAAUCUUGAGCGAGAAAUAUUGUCUAAUGAAUUAAAAACUAAAUGCAAAACCCUACACAAUUUGGAAUUACAGUAUGCUGAAACAAAUACAACAAUAAAUGAACAGGCUUGUAAAAUUAAAGCAUUAUUAACUACAUUAAAAGAUGUAAAAGAAGCGGGUUUAACAAAAUACGAAGAAAUGAAACAUUUAGUGCAAAAAUUACAAGAAGAAUUUACUCGAAAAGAAACUAAUUUAUGUAAAUUACAAAAUAUGAAUAGUCAAAUAAAACAAGAUAAUGAACUCCUAGUGAGAGAAUUGAAUUCACAGAAAAAUAAACAUAAGGAAAUAAGGGAACGUUAA